AUGGAUCCAGGCUCAAAAUAUCUUGUCUAUCAGCAUCUGAACAGGCGAAAGGCAUCUGAUACUUACGCUGUGCUUGGCAAAAUGCUUUAUAAAUCCUCCCAAUGUACAAAUAUCAAAAAUGACAGAACAGAAAAAAACAUCAAUUAUGGACUUGGAAAUUAUAAGGAUUGUUCCUCUAUUCAAUUGUCAACUCUAUACCCUCAUAAAAAUGGGAAUGCUGAAGAACUUUACAAACAUAAAGGCUGUCAGAAAUGUUUAAAUUUGUAUUCCAUUAUUAGUCAAAAUGAAAUAAUACAGACUAGAAGAAAGGAAAAUAAAAAUACAGGACGUGAAAAAGUAUCUGAUAUUAAAAAUAAAUUCAUGCUGAAACAAAUCCAUAGUGGAAAAAUGACAUACCAGUGCCGGAAAUGUGGGAAAUGCUUCCAGACCUACUUGACAUUCAGGAUUCACCAGAUAAUUCAUUAUGGAGAGAAUCCACACAAAUAUACAGCAGCUAGUAAGUGUUUUGAUCAGUUGGAUAAAGUUAAAGACCAUAACAUAACCCUCAGUGGAAAGAGACUUUACAAAUUUAGUGAUUAUAAGAAAUCUUUUACCAGAGGCUCAUGUCUUAGACGUCAUCAGAGAAUUCAUAUAGGAAAGAAACCUUACAAAUGCAGCAAAUUUGGUGAAUGCUUUAGCUAUCCCACAAACCUAAAAAGCAAUCAGAAAAUGCAUAUAGGAGAGAACUCUUACAAACGUAGGGAAUGUGAGAAAUCCUUUACAUGUGGAUCAAAUCUCAAAAGAAAUCAGAGAAUUCGUACAACAGAGAAACCUCAUAAAUGUAAUGAAUGCACAAAAUCUUUUCCAUAUGCCUUCCGUCUUAGAAUUCAUCAGAAAGCUCACACAGGAGAGAGACCUUACAAAUGUGAGAAAUGUGAGAAAAAUUUUAAGUAUAUCUCAAAUCUUAGAAUUCAUCAGAGAGCUCACACAGAAGAGAGACCUUACAAAUGCAGGGACUGUGAGAAAUCAUUUGCAUGCACCUCAACUUUACAGAAACAUCAGAGAAGCCAUACAGAAGAGAAGCCUUACAAAUGUGAUAAAUGUGAGAAAAAUUUUGAGUAUAGCUCAAAUCUUAGAAUUCAUCAGAGAGUUCAUACAGGAGAGAAAGCUUACAAAUGCAGGGACUGUGAGAAAUCCUUUGCAUAUGCUUCAGUUUUACAGACACAUCAGAGAAUUCAUACAGGAGAGAAGCCUUACAAAUGUGAUAAAUGUGAGAAAUCCUGUAGAGAUCGUUCAAAUCUUAAAAGACACCAGACAAUUCAUACAGGAGAGAAACCUUACAAAUGUGAUGAAUGUGGAAAGUCCUUUACAAGUACCUCAAAUCUAGGAGCACAUCAGAGAACUUAUACAGGACAGAAACCUUACAGAUGUCGUGAAUGUGAAAAAUCAUUUAAGUAUAGUUCAACCCUUAGAUAUCAUCAGAGAAUUCAUACAGGACAAAAACCUCAUAAAUGUAUGGAAUGUGGGAAAUCCUUUGCACGUAUUUCAGAUCUUAGAAUACAUCAGCGAAUUCACACAGGAGAGAAACCUUACAAAUGUAGUGAAUGUGAGAGAUCCUUUAGGAAUAGCUCACAUUUUAAGAAACAUCAGCGAAAUCAUACAAGAAAAAAAUCUUAGAAAUGGAGUGAAUGUGAGAGCUUUGUUAUAUGGAGCUCAUAUCUUAAAAAUUAUUGGAGAAUCUAUAGAGUAUGA